CAGAACUCCUGAUCUAUUGGUCACCGUGUAAUUUAACGGAAACAGAAGGCAAAUCAUGUUCAAGUUAUUGAUACCAUGCCUGUUAUGGCUGUCAACGGUGCGCUCGGAGACCGGGAUGCACAUGGGGAUGCCGGUCGGGCCGCUGAUGGACAAAACGUCGGACGCCUCGAUGCUGAAGGCGAAGAGAGAGUCCAUCCACCAACCUUGUGACCCGCUCUACCCGCACGUUCCCUCUUAUUCACCGCCACCCGUCUACAUCAAGCCUCUCAUUCAACCGGCCUACUUGAAGAAAGAGCUGGGUAUAGCGCAACCCUUGGCUCAUCUGCAAUACAUCCAACAGCCGCACGCUUAUCCCGCCGUGGUACCGAAGCCGAGCAUCACGUACGUGAAGCCAGUGACGCCCGUGGUCAACUAUCACGCGUUGCAGCAUCAGUCGCUGCAGUACAUCAAGCCCGCGAUGCCCAUCUACCAGAGCCCCAUGCUGUCCUACGCACCGAUCUAUCAGAAGCCGCUACACUAUGCGCCCAUGUACCACGACGCGAUGCCGAAGAUCUUUUUCAAGAAAUACGAGGCGCCCGUCACCCCGAUACUCUACCAGAAGCCGCUGGUCCAUGCACCCCCCGUUCACUACGCGACGCCGAAAGUAGUGCACGUACAGGAACCGCAGGUGUCCUACGUGAAACCUGUGGUUCACGCACCACCACCGGUGUACGCCCCACCGCCGUCGGUCCACAAUUCCGUUAUAGUCAAGCCCGAUUGUGCGUAAACCGCUCGAAUGGCCGCGAUGUCGAUGUGUUGAGCUCCGUAGAAUGGGGGAAUCUCUAAAUGUGUUGAAGAUUAAACGAUCGACUAGCGAUUUCAUGCCGGCUCGCAUCAAUCUGCGUUUUGUAAAUUGAAAAUAUAAAGCGUAUAAAAUGCAAUGAGAAAUUAUAAAUUAUAAGAUUAGAUGGAUCACGAGAUGUCACAAAUCAUCGAAAUCGAAGAAAACGAAUCGUCAGAACUGGCACAAAUUUGAUUUGUAUUACAAAAUUAUUUUUUCUUGACUCGUUCCUAAAUUUUAAAUUUCACGAUUAGUUUUUCUCGUUUUAAUUUAACAAAGGGGUUUGUAGCAAUAAGAACAGAAUUUGCAUUGAGUGUAAAUUACUUUACAUAUAAUCUCGAAGAUAUGAAAAUAAUUACGCGUCUAAUUAACUUCUAUUAUUAUAAGUGCACAAUUUGUUAUAAAAUGCAGGAAUACAUUAUCAUGAAUUUCAAAGACGAUGCUGGUAAUGAUGAUUUUUUCUUUCUUUUAUCAUCUUAUAAGGUAAGAUUGUAUUAAUUAAAAAUAAUGAGUCCAUCGCAGUAUUAUUUACAAAUAUACUUUUGUGCAUUUUUCCGUUAUUUUUUUUUAUCGCGUUAUCCUUUUUAAUGUGAAAAUUUUCAAAUAAAUUAGCUGUAUAAAACUAACUUCUUACCUCUCCAAAGUAUAAUAUUCCUAAAUAUUUUAUGCAAUGGUAUAUUUGUAAUAAAUAAUUUAAUUAUUUCUAUAUUUCUUGCAUUAUUGUAGUAAAGCUACGUUAUCAGUUCUUUGAAUCAAUUUCUAUUGUUUGCUAUUAUUUAUACCUGCUCGUGUAUUUCACCUGUAAUUAUUGCAAAACAAUACUAUAAUUUAUGAAACUGUUCCAAGGCACUGUAAUUCAAAUAAAAGCUGUAAUGGAUCAAGUAAAAAA